GCGCGGACACGCGCAUUGUAAGGAAGGAGGGCGUCGGGGGCGCGCUUUCCGUGUCUGAUUAGUGGACUGACAGCCAGCUGUGCGACUACAACAACAAUCCUCUGCUACAUAUAACUGGAUUCUGGUUUUGGUCUGCCGCUAAUCACAACUGUCCACUGUAGCUGGUGUUUUACAGCCAACACUCGACAGCACGCUGCCACUUUUGGCCCGUAUCGUCGCCGGGUUGUCUGCUAACUAGCUAGAAGAGCGUUUCCUCCAACAUGAAUCCGUUGUGUGGCAGAUGUAAUCAAGUCGUUUACCCAACGGAAAAAGUGAACUGUCUGGAUAAGUACUGGCAUAAAGGAUGCUUCAGCUGCGAGGUCUGCAAAAUGACUCUAAACAUGAAGAAUUACAAAGGCUUCGAGAAGAGACCAUACUGCAAUGCACACUACCCCAAGACAAACUUCACCUGUGUGGCUGAUACUCCAGAGAACCUCCGGCUCAAACAGCAGACUAAGAUGCAGAGCCAGGUUCACUACAAGGAGGACUUCGAGAAGAAUAAAGGCAAAGGUUUCAGCGUGGUCGCAGACACGCCAGAGUUACAGAGAAUUAAGAAAACGCAGGACCAAAUCAGCAAUAUCAAAUACCAUGAGGACUUUGAGAAGAUGAAGACUGGAGCAGAUGCUCCACAUCAGCCUAGCAGCCCCAACCAAGGAUCUUACCAGCAGUCUGCGGCGUCCCAGAACUACCACCACUAUGAGCCUACUCCUGAACCAGUGCGCCAGGCGGCUGCUGCUCCUCCUCCCAGUGCUGGGAAACGAUACCGAGCAGUGUACGACUACGCUGCUGCCGAUGACGACGAAGUGUCUUUCUUGGACGGAGACGUGAUUGUAGAUGUGCAGCAGAUUGAUGAAGGGUGGAUGUACGGCCGCGUGGAGCGCACCGGCCAGCAGGGCAUGCUGCCCGCCAACUACGUGGAGGCCAUCUGAAUGAUCGGGGAAGGAAAGUAAAGGAGAUAAAGAAAGGGAGGGAAAGAAGGAAAGGAAAAGCCCAGUGCCAUCUCAUCUUAACACCGCUUUCUCUUAAUUUUACUCUGCUUCCUUAAAAAUCUGUCCUGUGACCCUGAACCUUCUCCGCUCUGCAUCCCUGCUCUGCUCUCACUGUCCGCUGCCUGUCCUUCGUUCCGUCAGCCUGCUUUGUGUACGUCUGUCUGUGCCGAUGUCUUCGUUUCCUCUUUGUCCUUUAGCCAUUCUGCCUCCGCUCUCAUAGAGAUAAACUCGCCACUAACAGAACAAUGUCAGGGGUCAUGUCAGGUCACACGGUUACACCCUAGCUACAUCACCAACCCUGACACGUCAGGGCACCAAAAACAGAUGACAAAAAUACAGAAUACAUUUUCCAGCAGUCAGUCAAACUGCAAAUAUUCUGUGUAAACAAAGGAAAGAAAAGUGUCUUAAUUUUGCAGCUCAAUCUUUGCCCAACUGGAAACAGUGUUUUGUCUCAGUUUAUCAGAUGUAAACUUGAAUAUUUUUUCCUUUUUUAUUUUUUGACUUGUGUACAUUCCUUUAACUUCAAGUUCUGUUGCACCAAUGAGCCGCUCAGUACACAGAAAGGAGAGGUUUUAAUGUGUUUGUAGACGGAAGUACAACUUAAAACUAUCAGGUGAUGUUCAACACUGCCUGCUGGGUGUUUGCUGUGAAACUGGAACUUUAGCCUAACUGAAGAGUGCUUCCUGCCACUCAGACAGGAGGGAUCAGGGAUAAGUUGAGAAACAAUAUGAGUCCAUCUCUCAAAUCCACCUCAGUUACUGCGAUUAUACUGUGCAUACGCCCUUAUUCCUGUUUUUUGCACCCAAAAUAUUUAUCUGUUUGGAAGAAGAAACUUCUCCAAUGAUAGAAAUGUACUAAUAAAGAAAUGUUUUUUUAAAAGAGAGGGCCAAGCACAACUUUGUAUUGUGAUUCACUUAAUUCUAAUUAUUUUUUCCACGGUUUAUGUGUAAAACAUUCCAGUCAUUUAUUUCUAUUUAAUGUGAGGAAAAAUCCAUUGCUGUGUUAAAUGUUUAUCUCAUGCUAUUCAUCCUUUGCUUGUCUUGUGUGUUAAGAAUUGGUUUUGGAACCCAAGACAACAGAGUUGAUGUAAAAGUGUGCAGUCAUGAUAUUGGAUCGGGUGCGGGACUUAUCAGCUUGCAAUUUUUGUUGGAUUACAUUUCUUUUUCAGAUUUAUCUUGCAGGUCAGUCCAAAACUCUUUAAAUAGUUCUGCCUGCAAAUGAAACAACAUCCUGACGGCCUGUUUCAGGAGCAGGUCGUAACUUUAUUUAACUUUAAUAGAAAGAUUGUCUGUUUAUGUCUGACCCCUGACCGUACACGCUGCUUCCCCUUUUCUCUCCCAUAAUGCACUGUGAGCACCACAGAUUUCGAGUGAUCAGAGUGGGGCAGGCAUGGGAGGGGUUCAAACAUGUUCAGCUUUAUCAAGAAUAAACAAGGUUCUCAUUAAGUAGCUAGAUCACAUUGUAUAAAUGUAUAUGCAUCAUAAAGGGCUCUGGGAAGUGGCUUGUCUGCAGGAGAAGAUGGUUUAUAUAUAUAUUUUUUGCAAAUAUGGGGUAGUAAUUUGAUUUUAAAAGUUGACUCAUGGAAAAGUUUAACGAUGAACAUCCUCAGCAUCUUACAAAUCUGUAAUAUUACAUUGCUAAUUAAAAAUGAGCACUGGACCAGAUAAACGAUCAUCUUUACCUUGUUUCUAGAUUUAAUAAUUGAACGCUCUGAGCAGGGCUGAGCAUUAAGCUGCAACUCUUCCUCAGCUGGAUAUUUAGAGGAAAAAAGGGGGGACAUGAUUUUAGGCCUAAUAUAAUUGCUUUUUUUUUUUUUUUCGCUAGUUGCCUCCAUUGUUCUGCUGAUUAUAUCUAGUCCAACUUGUUUUAUCCCCAGGGUGUGAUUGAGUUUAGAAGACAUGGAAUAGGUGUUUGAAGGUAGUAAGGGUUGUUUGAUUGUGGCUCAGGCUGGAUUUGCAAAGGGUGUGAUGAUGCAAGUGAUUAGGGCUCAAUGGAGGACAAAUGCUCUCCAUCUCCCAGCUUGUGGCGCAGGGCAAGUUGUUGCCAGGAGUUGACCUCUUUGAGCUAAAUGUCUCUCCUGCACCCUGACUUCACUACUGAUCCGUAUACCAUCUCUGCUCCUCCCAGUUUCCAUCUUGUAUCACUUCCUCCUUUCCUUCUGCAAAGCCCUGUUCCUUCAGGCUCCUGUGCUUCUCAUCAAUCAUUCCCUGCUUCUAUCAUACUGGUUAUAUACUGUAGACUUUGAAAUCAUUUUGUCCAACAUUGCAGGUUUAGCACUCAGACCAGUUUUGUGCAUUCCAUAUUAAACUGUUUUUGUUUUUGAUAUAAUUUUAUUUUUUAACUGAAAAAAUUAUAUCAUGCAUAUUGUCAUACACACGUUUAUGAAAAGUCAGAAUAAAUACUCGGUUUAAGGACCUGAUAUCAUCUUCUGUUGCCCUGUUACAGCACUUCAAAUUGUACCUUGACUCUGCAGAUUCAAUAAAAGGUCAUUUUUUUUCUCAGA